ACCACAUGCAAUGUCACCGAGUGCUGUGUUUGGCGCCUGUCCGAUCCCCUGCAACAACAAAAUUGAGUUCCAGAGCCUUGUAAAAUCUGCAAGUUCCAUGCAAUGUCGGACCUAGAGGUUUCGGCGCAUGGUUGGGGGGAUCCCUCGGCCCCCGCGCAAACUCCACUGGAAUGGGGCCAGACGGACAGCGCCCGUUCUUCGCUCAGGAAGCGGGAUCGCCCCAUGAGCUUUGACGCAGGUUCGCUGCAUCUGUCUGAGGGAAACCCUCAGUAUUCUUGGGGGGAGCAAUUCUUGAGUUUCUUUCCAGAAGGGGGCAAUGGGAAUGCAGUAGGUGAGGGGGGACUCCAAUUUGAGGGGUUGGCAAUCAACCAGAAUCAGGGGUUCGGAAUCAAUGGAAGUGAGGGGCUCAACUCUUUGUUGGCGGACAGUGCGGAUAGUUCGGAAUGCAUGGAGCGUCUGCAAUUGCAGGAUGGGCCGUAUGAGCAGGGCGCCUAUGAGCAAGACCCGGGUGCUUAUGGCGAGCCAGCUUACGAACAAGCCAUCUAUGACCACACGGCAAGUAGAAACGACUUUGGCGAGGGUCUGCAAGAGCAAGUCCCGGACAUUUUGGCGCAGCUCGGCGUCCCUGGUUCCGGUCCAAGCACCGACGCCGACUCCCUCCUCCUAGAGGAUGUGCCCCCUCUUCCUUCGACAGCUGUCGGUUCGAUUGCUCCCGCCUCGCCAGCUGUCCCCGCCCGCAAUGUGCCGCAGUCAGCCUCAAAAGUGAUGACGUCAGCAGAGAUCCAGGACGCUUACGUUCAGAGCUGGGGUGGGCAGAAUCUCAGGAAGGAGCCGAGCGGGGGCCAGAGACAAAGUCCCAGCCUAGUUGGCGCCAACGAGAAGGCGGGAGAAAAGCCAAAGCCUCCCGGCGAGAAGGGCCAGGAGUGGUCGGUCAACGGCGCAAAGACUCAGGCCGCGAGCAUCAUCCGGGACUUGUUUCGCCGUCCCGAGGCAAAGCGCCAGGCGGUCGUCGUAGAGGGGGGCCGCGUCGGAUUUCUCGAGAAGGCGGUGAGCCGCUUGCCGGCCCGAAACCCUAAACCCUCCAAACCCUCCGACGUCUCCGGGCCCGCAAGGAGCACCUCCGGCCCGUCCGUCUCCGACACGGGCAGCGGGGGGUCGUUUUUGCAGCCGGACGCAACCCCCCUUGUGCCGCCGCCCCGCACAUUCUCUGACUCUCCCGAGUUUUCUCGAGCGGACUCCUCACAGAAAGGUGCUGGGGAGUCAAAGGAGGAUGCAAUUGCGGACACAAUGCGGCGAGUGGGUGAACGCGUCGCGGGGGUGCUUGCGGGGGAGUUGGAUGCAAACCUGCCGCAGUAUGAUGCAACAGCAAACGGAGAGGCGGCAGAGCUCGCCUCAAGAAUGGGUGGCGCAUCGGAAACCGUUUCUGGUGAGGGUGGGGCGUCGGACUUGGGUCCAGGAUUGGGAGGGGUAAAAGGAAGGGAGGACUUUGGGCCUGGAAUGGCGGAAAUGGAAAGUAGGUCAGCGUUGCCGGACCUGACGACAGCGGCAGGACUGGAGUGGUUGCUGGAGGACGAGCCAGAGUUGCGGGGCAACGGGGGCGGGAAUGCGGCGGGGAUGGCCGCUGAGGUCAGCCCCGCUGACGUCAGCCCCGAGCUGUGGCUCCCCGGCUUUGCGGAAUGGCUGGCAAAGGAGAAAGGGGCCGGCGGGGCAAGUAGAGAAGCGGGGUCGUUGGGGGCUGCUGGCUUGGCAAAACCGUUGGCAGGAAUGACUUUGCAGUCAGAACCUGCCCCCUCGACUCCCCCACAAUCGCUCCACCGCCUGUGGGUGGAGCUCCCCCCCGCCCAUCUCCGCUCUGAUUCGUUCCGGACGUUUCGGACUGCGUACCGGGAGGAGGUCCGGCGGCUGCGGUGCUGGACGGCGACGUAUGUCGGAGAGGGCCUCCUGCCGCUCAUAAGCGACCGGCACUUCGGCAUAUGCAAUGCACUGCCUGGCAUUCAGCAUCGUCAGGCGAGGAUGAUGUUCACGAAAGGCGCGCUGUGGGGUGCUUUCGUCACUGGCACGCUGGACAGCGCGAGCCCGUGCGACCUGUACUACGCGCGGCACGACAGCCAGCGCGAGUUCAAGGAGGGGCCGCUGCAAAAGCUGGCCAACCUGUCCAAGGGCAUGCAACAUAAGAUGCUCAACAUCGUAUACCUUAUGGAGGACCUCAAGGACGAAGCUACAUACGGCCCCGACCUUUACCGCCUCUACGGCGCACUCCAUAAGUCCGGCGGCCUCGCCCUCCCUCCCCCCGUGCGCGGUCACGCGUACCACCAAAUCUCCUUCCCCGAGCUCACGGACCCAAAACCGCCGUCCCCGUCACAGGGGGGUGAAUCCUCCGGCAAAAGCAACCCCCUGGACGCGGACGACGUGGAGUUGAUCAAGUUUGAGGAGAAGCCGCUGUUCAACCCGUGUACGUUAUUGCCCAACGGUCAUUUGGCGCCUUGGGGGUCGUUCUGGUUUAAUAAGAAGCGGCUCCUUGCGACGGGAAAGGGUUUGCAGGAAGCGGGAGAGCGGGGGAGGCAACUUGUACAGGGUCUCGCGCAACAAACAUUGAGCGCCCACGUGAAACGUUACGACUGUCUCGCAUCCGGCGGGAUGCCAACCCUAGAAAAGUACCUGGAUUUCGCCAGGUAUGACAUGGGGAUUGCGACCGGUUUGGGCCUCGCGUUUUGCGCGAUCGGGCAAGGGUUAGCGGAUGCCGGUCAAUGGGAACCAACCGAGGUUGCGCUAACCAAGCUGUUUGAGAAGAUUGCGAAGGCGCUGACGCUGACCAGCGAGAUCUACCGGGUCAUGACCGAUCUGAGGACGUAUCAAGACGACCUGGUGCACUGUCGGCUUAACGCCGUGGCAAUCCGCAUGCGGGAGGCUCUUUGUAGCAACAAGGAGGCGACCGACUUCCUCAUCGCCAAAGUGGCGCUCGACGUCGAGGCGUUGGAGUCGGAGAUCUUGGCGCGCGCGUUGACGGACCUGUUUUCCCGCGCAUGCUGGCGGCUCAUAUUCGACGUGUGUCGCGGCAGCGUGGCUAGGUUUCUGGCAACGGAGCAUGACCAAUGUGUGGAGGUCUUGUUUCACGAUGCAUAAUGGAUGUCGAAUGGAUGGUCAAAGUUGGUUAGCCGAGUGUAAAACGCACUUGCAAAAGCACGUGGCAAUAGGAAGCGCUUAGGCUGUUCCUCGCAUAAUCUACUCAUACAAGCCUCUGAUAAAUGUGUCCCCUUUGUCGAACUUGACGAGCUAGGUCGCAUGUGAGUUAAGGAGACGCCAUCUUGGACUGGAUUACAUCGGUGUCGAGCAAUGUGAGUGAAAUUGUGCUAGCUUGUUUGCGCAUGCACCAAAUUCUUUUAGCAAGUGUAGUGUCAAGCCACCGUACUCGUUCGUUAAUUGGCAAGAAUCAUAACCGCCGAAAGAGAAGCACC